CCACUGUCCCAAGCGGAGAUCAUGGCCGACCUUCAUGAAGCCGUCUUUUCAUGGCCCGACGCAGGCGCCCACGAUGUGAUUGUCACCGGCACAUUCGAUAACUGGUCCUCCUCCAUCCACAUGACCAAGACCCCUUCCGGGUUCGAAGCGAAGGUGAAGGUCCCCUGGGGCCAGAAGAUCCUCUACAAGUUCGUCGUCGACGGCACCUGGCUCGCUGCGCAGGGCCAGCCGACCGAGCUCGACGGCUGGACCGUGAACAACUUUUACCACGCCCCGGAGAAGCCC